UAUGAGGUGGGGUAUUUCAUUGUAUUGUAUUGUAUUUUGUAUUGUAUUGCUCUUGUUUGCAGGAGGAUGCCAGGCCCGACCGGGACUCAGAGCCAUGAGCUUAUUCCUGGAUAUGUAACAUCUCUGUCUUGUGAGUUUGUUUCUGUCUCCACAGGUCCGGCUGACAGGAAGAGAGAGUGGCAGAGAGACAGCCAGCAGAGCCCAGAUGAUGGACGUCCGUCCACUUCUUCUCAAGACUCUCGGAGAGCAAAGGCAAAGGCAGAGGAAGAGGAGAAGCUUCAUUCCCGUGACUGGAGCGGCAUCACCCCAGACCAGAGGACUGUACCGAUACCUGAGAGAAGAGCUGAGGGCAUCUGUGCUUUCUUACGGAGAAUCGGGAAGGCUGUAAAGCUGGACUGCAGUGAGGUCGAUAUACUUGUGUCCACAUAUCCCUCCUGCAAUCCCACGGAUGUCCAGCAGGAUUCAUCCGAGUUUUACUGGGCAACACCAGUGCAUCCGUGUCCAUCUGGAGUCCAGCUGCCGGUUAAUGCCGAUCCGGACGAUCCCGAACACUCAUGCACAUCUGUCCUGGACCCAGAGCCGGCAGUGGCACGAGAUCUAGAGCUGAUGUCUUUCUCAGGAUUGUCCAGUCUCUCUAGUAUCGAGCUGACGCCGGACUCUAUUCAGGACGAUCCUGACGAUGCAUCGUCUGUCCCGGAUUUUGCUGAGAGCCAAACAAAGAAGAAGAAGAAGAAAGAUGUGGGUGCGUUUCUCCGUAGGAAAUGGAGGGCUAUGAUAGCGCCGGCUGUUGAAAAACAAUCAAGAAGGAGGGUGAAGAAAGGCUCAUUCAUCCAACGAACAUGGAAAACUCUAAAGGUUUCCGCUCUUGGUUGUUACGGGGACGACACAGUGGACCCAGAUCCAGCAGAUCUACAGCCACAAAUAUCUGUCCUCUCCAGGGACUUAACCGAGCCAGGUCCAUCUCACCGCGAGAUCAGUUCUGACCAGUUACCCUUCUCAGGUCCAUCUCACCGCGAGAUCAGUUUAGACACGUCACCCUUCUCAAGUCCAUCUGGUUCCCAGUCAAGUUUCUUUUGCUCCGAUUCAUCGUCUGCUCCAUGUCUGACCGAUCUUCUCUCAGAGUUAUCAAUUUUAAUGGGAGAUUACGAGCCUGUUUCCAGUUAAUCCAGUCUCAAGCUGAUCCUGAGCUGAGUUGUAGGGCUGUGCACACGUUUCUUUUCUGUAUUGACUAAGCCUGAAUUGCGGAAGAAUCAUCAAACUGAAGCUGAAAUUGGGCAACCUGAUAUACACGGACACUGUUGGUUGAGGACUAAAUUGGACUUAGUGUGAUUUCAAUUUUCCAUGUUGCUGUUGUUGUUUUUUUUUCUUGAUUGUUUCAAGUCCUUUUGUAUUUUAUUUUCAUUUUUUACAUUUUUUAUUCUGAUUGAAUAUUGUAUUGGUUUCUCUCAUCUUUUCCUAUUUUGUUUCUAAGGUGACGAGAGUUGAAAGGAGAAUUUAAAGGGUAAUUGGGUGAAAGAAUUGUAGCUAGAAUUAGAUUCAAACGUAGCUAAAAUUAGGUCAGACGCGUCUCAAGCCACUGUCGUUACCCACGUGACACCUGACACCUGGAGGGGCGUGAUUGGGAGGAACGGCCCCCCCGACCUGAACCCGAGUGGUGUUCAGUUAUUGGACUUCUGUGCUAGUUACAGUUUGUCCAUAACGAACACCAUGUUCAAGCAUAAGGGUGUCCA